AUGGACACUGCCAUGGAAGCCAACCUGGGUGCCGCUGGCCAUGGGCCCCGCACAGAGUUCGAUGAUGAGGAUUACCCCCAGGGAGGCUGGGACACGGUCUUCCUGGUGGCCCUGCUGCUCCUGGGGCUGCCAGCCAACGGGCUCGUGGCGUGGCUGGCCGGCUCGCAGGCCCGGCAGGGAGCGGGCACGCGGCUCGCCCUGCUCCUGCUGAGCCUGGCCCUCUCUGACUUUCUGUUCCUGGCGGCCGCAGCCUUCCAGAUCUUGGAGAUCCAGCAUGGAGGGCACUGGCCGCUGGGGACGGCCGCCUGCCGCUUCUACUACUUCCUGUGGGGUGUGUCCUACUCCUCUGGCCUCUUCCUGCUGGCAGCCCUCAGCCUGGACCGCUGCCUGCUGGCGCUGUGCCCACGCUGGUACCCCGGGCACCGCCCGGCCCGCCUGCCCCUCUGGGUCUGUGCUGGGGUCUGGGUUCUGGCCACCCUCUUCAGUGUGCCCUGGCUGGUCUUCCCUGAGGCCGCUGUCUGGUGGUACGACCUGGUCAUCUGCCUGGAUUUCUGGGACAGCGAGGAGCUGCCACUGCGGAUGCUUGAGAUCCUGGGGGGCUUCCUGCCUUUCCUUCUGCUGCUCGUGUGCCACGUGCUCACCCAGGCCGCCGCCUGCAGGACCUGCCGCCGCCACCAGCCUGGGGCCACGGCCUGCCACGGCUUUGCCCGUGUGGCCAAGACCAUUUUGUCAGCCUACGUGGUCCUGCGGUUGCCCUACCAGCUGGCACAGCUGCUGUACCUGGCCUUCCUGUGGGACAUCUACCCCGGCUACCUGCUCUGGGAGGCCCUGGUCUACUCUGACUACCUGAUCCUUCUCAACAGCUGCCUCAGUCCCUUCCUCUGCCUCCUGGCCAGCACCGACCUCCACGCCCUGCUGCGCACCAUGCUCUCCUCCUUCGCGGCAGCUCUCUGUGAGGAGCGGCCGGGCAGCUUCACGCCAGCUGAGCCACAGACCCAAGUGGACUCUGCGGAUGAGUCUCUAUCAGGGCCAUCGGUUGAGGGCCAGCCGCAGGUGAACCCCACGACCCAGCCACAGGUGGACCCCACGACCCAGCCACAGUCAGAUUCUCUGGUCCAGCCUCACCUGAACCCCAGGGCCCAGCCCCAGCAGAACCACGAGGCCCAGCCCCAGUUGGAUCCUGGGGCCCAGCCACAGGCAAGCCCUGAGGCCCAGCCCCCUGCACCCACUGCCAGCUCAGCCCCCAACCCCUGUGAUGAAGCUACCUCUGCCCCAUCCACAGAUUCCACCCCAGAGGCCCCUGUGAACCUGGCCGCACCUGCCGCCUCUGAGGGAGAAAGCCCCAGCAGCGCCCCCCGAGACGAGGCCCCGGGUGCAGGCCCCACAUGA